AAUGAAAUUAAAAAUGCGUUCAGACAAAAUUCAAAAUUUGUUAUCGACGCCCGAAUGCCGAGCCAUUCCGAGGCGCAUUACCAAUUCUUAGCUGGCGCAUUAUCUGGCUUUCUGGAAAUAGCCUGCUUCCAUCCCCUCGAUGUCGUAAAGUCACGGAUGCAGAUGCAGGGCUCACGUCCUAUUCAUGGCGAGGUCAUCUACAAAUGUACUGGCGAGGCUCUGGUCAAUAUAUAUCGCAAUGAGGGUUUGGCCUCCUUUUGGAAGGGCAUAGUGCCACCGAUUUGCGUGGAAACCCCGAAGAGGGGCGCCAAGUUUCUGGUUUACGAGCUGCUGAAGCCGUAUUUCCAUUUCGGAGCUUCUCAUCCGACUCCACUGACUCAUGCCAUGGCAGGUUCAUUGGCUGCAUCGUUAGAGUCAUUUCUGCUCAAUCCCUUCGAGGUGGUGAAGAUCACUCAGCAGGCUAAUCGUGAGAAAAGUCUAGCAACAUUGUCGGUGGUCAAGGACAUCAUCAAGCACGAUGGCUAUGGCAUCGAGGGAUUAUAUCGCGGGAUUACGGCGCUCGUGGCACGAAAUGCAAUCUUUCAUUUCGGUUUCUUUGGCUCGUACAAUGCUCUUAAGGAUUGGGUUCCUAACUCACAGGAUAGCACCUCGGAGCUCUUUCGAAAGAUCGCAAUAGCUUGGUCGGCCAGUUGCUUGGCUUGUGUCAUGAGCGCCACUAUGGAUAUGGCCAAGUGCAGGAUUCAAGGUCCCCAACCGGUGAAGGGCGAGGUGAAGUACCGAUGGACCAUAACGACCAUAAAAACGACCUUCAGAGAGGAAGGCUUCAGAGCCUGUUUCAAAGGUCUGGGAGCGAAUUUACUGAGGGUCGGUCCAGGCGGAGCUCUGCUGCUGGUGUCCUACGAGUAUUUCUAUGAGUUUUUUAAACGCCAAAACUUUUGAAUUUUUUUAAUAAUUUACAAAGCUGAAUAUAAAGUAGAUAUAUAUAAAAUAUUCUUAAAUUAAA